AUGGAGACAGUUCGUUUAUUUCUCGAGGUUGCUGCUGGUCGAAACUGGAUUGUUCACCAAAUGGAUGUGCACAAUGCCUUCCUCCAUGGUGAUCUUGAAGAAGAGGUAUAUAUGAAACCUCUACCCGGUUUUCAUGUUGCUGAUGAAAAGAAGGUUUGUAGAUUGCGGAAAUCCUUGUACGGUCUCAAACAAGCCCCUAGGUGUUGGUUUGCAAAACUAACCACUUCUCUUCGUGAAUAUGGUUUCGUUCAAUCCUUAUCUGACUAUUCUUUGUUUACAUUCGACAAAGGCGGCAUCCAGAUCAAUAUUCUCAUAUAUGUCGAUGACAUGAUUGUGGCAAGUAAUUCAUCCGGAGCGCUGCAACUUUUCAAAGAUUAUUUGGCAACCUUUUUUAAGAUGAAAGAUUUGGGACCCCUUAAAUAUUUCUUGGGCAUUGAAGUAUCUAGGGGAAGCACAGGUUUUUAUCUAAGUCAGAGGAAGUAUGCUCUUGAAAUUGUUGUCGAAGCUGGUUUACUUGGGUCCAAACCCGCUGAUUUCCCGCUUGAACAGAAUCAUAAAUUGGCUCUUUCCAAGUCGCCAUUGCUUUCACAACCUGCACAGUAUCAGCGGCUCAUUGGACGUUUGAUCUACCUUGCUGCAACACGACCUGAUUUGGUGUUCUCUGUUCAUAUCCUCUCUCAGUUUAUGCAAAAUCCUCGCGAGGAUCAUUGGCAAGCAGCUCUCCGCGUGGUCAAGUAUCUCAAAGGUACGGUUGGUCGAGGGAUUCUGUUAAAGGCACGGACAAACUUUCAGGUCACAGGAUGGUGUGAUUCAGAUUAUUCCAGUUGUCCUCUCACUCGUCGCUCUGUCACCGGUUACAUUGUUCAACUAGGAGCUUCACCCGUUUCCUGGAAAACGAAGAAGCAGGACACGGUUAGUCUUUCCUCUGCUGAAGCAGAGUAUCGGGCCAUGGUACAUCUCACUAAAGAGUUACUCUGGGUGAAACGUGUUCUAACAGAUCUUGGCAUUGUACACCCUCAACCUAUGCACGUUUUGUGUGAUAGUUAA